AUGGAUUCUCGUGCGGGCGACAAACGACCAUGGGAGAACGAAGAAAGCGUUGGCGUUCAACCAAAGCGUCGCAGCUCGAUCCUGACUGCCUCCCUUGCCCAGCAGGUUUCCCCGCUCCCGCCACAAGCCGGCUUCUUUGCUCGCGACAGCCUUGCUCUAGACUGUCGGAUACUGCCACCGCUUCUCGCCUCUUCAUACAGUAUUUCAGCUAGCCCUGUCAUUAUCGCCUCACAUUGCUCGCCUCCACCGCCGCCACUCGAGUUGAGUAGAUCUGAACGUGGCUCUCAUUCUCUUUUCGAUGUUUUCGAACAUCAUCCAAGGCAGAGUGCACACAAACACCACACAGGCCUGGGCGACUUAGUUCAUAAACUCAAUGAUCUGACGCGUACAGAGCCACAAGUCUCGUCCCAGCCACCCACCUCCAGGCACGCCAACGUUGAAGAGUUACUGCAAUGGGCUCUCGAUCGCGUGCAUGAGGGUAAUGUACGACUGCAGGAGCACUUGGAGCAGGAACCGAUACAUAACACAAGAUCACAAUCUCCACCAGAGGACUCGCCAAAUAUGCGGAGAGCUCAGCACCAUCUGGAGGAACGCGAGGAACAGUCUCCGCUGAGAAGACCGUACCCAGUUCACCAUGAUUAUGGAUAUUUCACGCGUUCUAAUGCAUCUCCAGAGGACUCCAGAAGAAAUCCCUAUGGCAUAGCAUCAAUAGCUGCCGGGGGCUCGCCACAGCAAACAACAGCGUCCUCUGGAGCAAUGUACAUGCUUCCACAAUCACCAACACAGGCUACACAGCCCGUACACCCAACCGUAUUGCCUUCGCCAUCGUCGCUGAACUUCUCAAGUUCUCAAAGCCUGUCAUCAAUGACUCCGCCCAUCACAUCCGCCCAUGCUUCAGCACAUAAUACUCUCUUGCAAGACUUGCAACACCAGGUUACCAUCAAGACGCUAGAAUUCCGAACUCUCCAACGCGAAUACGACAACCUUCUUCAGAAGCUCGAACGUCAGAAAACAAAAUGUGCCACUCUUGAAAAGAAGUUUGAAGUCAGUGACUGUGAGAUCAACAGUUUGACAGACGAAAAGGAAAAAUUGCAAAGUCAAGUUGUAGCCUUGGAAGGACAAGUCGAGGAGCUGCAGCAGAGCCGGGAUGAAGCUCGACGCCAGCUGAUUGCGAACGGAGCCCAAUACAUGCGCAUCAUGGAGAUGGCAAAUCGCCUGCAGUCCCAGGGAGUAGAUGACAAGAAGAAAUGGGACGUAGAGAGAACGGAGUUGGAGCAGCGGAUUCGCGUGCUGGAAGAAGCCAUGGUGACUGGUGACCAGCAUCACGUCACGCCAACACCCGGCUCAGAACACCAUGCAACACCGAUCUACCCCCCAGUACCGGGAGAAUCGACGCCCCAGAAUCAUGCUCCUUCGUCUUCGUCGCAAACCGAGACCAUUAAUGUUCUCCGAACGGAAAUCAAUCGGCUUCGUUCGCGCACACAAACACUCGAAAGCGCGGUCAAGACUAUGCGGCGGGAAAGUAUAUCAAUUCAGACGGCGGCACGGCAGCUUGUUGAUUCAAGUGAGAGAGUGAAGGAUGCGGCACGGGAUAUAGUAGGAGACGGCGAGUGA